AUGCCUGAGUCUCCAAGUGAGCUAGGUCAGAUACAAUCCCUCCGCCGCUCCCUCACCCUUCCUACCAAAUUAAAUCCUCUUGCGCAACGUCGCUCGAGUGUCCCGAAUACCCCCGAGCAUGUAAUUUUUUAUCACCCAUCUGCGAAAAUUGUGCAUUUCUCCCCAAGAGCGCUCGCCCCUAUUCCCUCCAGUUCUGCGCCAUCCGACUUCGACUACCCAGUUGACACCAUCGAAACACUCCCCUGGCGCUCUGCGACUGAAAGAACAGUCGCAACAGCGCCACUGAGGCUAGAAAAGGUCCAUGGCUCAACCGCAUUUCUGAAAUGUGGAAAUGUUGUCCAUGCGAUCCUGAAAAACUCGCAGUGUUGGUGUGUUGACGGGGUGUCAAAGUUUGUUUUACGCAUCCGCCCUCUUACAUACUAUCGCAUCGAGAUACCAUACGAGACGGAAGACGACCAGAGUUUGGUGCGGGAUCUGAGGAUCGCAUUGCCAACAGUGCUUCGGUAUGAGGUCACGCCAUGUCCUUUCAAACGCGCUUUCAGCGUUGAACUCCCAACAGACGCGAUGGCACCUCGGCGCAAAAAGGCCUGGCAACCCAAAGAUCGGAGAGAAAGGAUACCAACCGUCCUAGAACCUCCGCGAGAGACACCAUCACCCUCUUCGGUCAGGUCGGAUUGUAUCGAUUCCAUGAGCACCGGGGACGACACCGACGGAAACCUGACCGAUGACAGUUGUUUCACCUCGAACAAAGCGAACAGUACAAUUUUGGAGGCUAUUCCGGACGAUCAGGAAUCAUCUCCUGUUGGGAAUUUGAGUCCUUCCCCAUACCUUGGGCCUCCUAGACGCUCGGUGUCCGAAGCACCGCAAACUUUCACUAGCCUGCUUGCAAAGUUUGAGGCUACAUCAGUCUCAAGGGAUGACGAUGACUUUGAAUCAGUGCCCAGGCCAGAAUACGCACCCAGUGCUGAUGCUGCACUUCCAAUUGCUCACGAGCCCAAGGUUACAAACCAACUCGAACCUGGGUUACUAGCCGACGGUGGAGUUGAAGUCAGGCCUCAGUCUGAACCUAUACUAGAUGCUGAAUUCAAAGUCGAAGCGCAACCUGAGGCUGAACCUGAACUCCGGCUAGAGGCUAUAUCGCAAGCCGAAGCUUCCAGCGAGGCUGCAGUUGAAGUGGAGCCCAUCGUCUCAAUCGAGACCGACGAAGUAUUGGCGGCUGAAACCCCGGAGGAAGUCGAGGAAGUUGUAUUCUGUGCUGAAACCACCAGUGCAGUCGAGGCUGAGGCAGUACCGGAAGAUAAUUUCAUGAACAUCGAAGAAGUCCAAUCCGUUCAACCCGCUGCCGAACCCAAGCUGGAGGUUGAUCAUGAUGCCUCCUUUACGUCCAGCCCCGAGUCAUUCCAUUCCGCCGAGCCUCAAUCGCCAGAUUCAGUCUCUACUCAUCCUACAUCUGUGGGAGGCCAUGAUCUGCCAGAGCCAGAAGAAAUGUUCAAUCUUUCGAGCACAAAACACAUCAUGUCUGGAUUGGAAUCAGCACCAGCGGAUCCAUGUAUGACAUCACAGCCCCCGACACUGCAUAUUCCUCAAAGCGACGACGUCCCAACCCCAGCCACCGUGCCUGGUCCUCCAUUAAUGCAUAAUGAAAGUUUGAAUAAUCAGCCCAGGCGCUUCGCAGAUGCGUUCUCCGACACCUCACCCUCAAUGGCUCCUGCAAGCAAUGUGAAUCGAUUCGGUCGUUUUACAGAUGCGUCUUCGGACACUCAAAUGCGCCCAAGCCCCAAUGCCAAGGCCACUGCACUGAAUACUGAUCUCGACCACAUGAGUGCCGAGUUCCGACGCCGGGCAAAAGCCACAAGAGACCGUGACAUUUCUCCCAUGCCUCAUUCUUCGGCAUUGUACCAACCAUCCGGUGAUGAUGGCUCGUCCUUCAUUUCCAAGGCUAUCACCCUAGUAUUGAUUCCCCCUGCCUAUCUUUUCGUUAUUCUUCUCCAUAUCGCUGCGCGCAUCGUCAUCAACCCAACCAUCCAGCCGACUAUCACCUCCACACCGAGUGAGCCAAAUUCUCAUUUCCAGCACACAAGGAAGGAUCCAGCCACAGAGGAUGACUUCAGCUUUCCACUGGAGCCUCGAACUUCCUCGGAGUACGAGGAUGCUGAAAUCUUCAAGAAACUUGACCCUUGGGAUCUGGACUAG